AUGAGUUCCUCAGAGGAACCUGAGCAGCACAUACACUUUGUGAGUUUGGAGACGGCAGGUUCUUAUAUCAAACACUACGCCUUUAACAUCAACAAAAAGUCGAGAGGAAGAAAGGAGGUGGUGGAACCCACGUAA